GGAAGAUGGCGGCGCACACGCUCGGUUCUCGGCCUCGCACGGGUGAUGUGCUGUUAGAUCCCGGGGAGACGUCAGACUUUAGCUCGCUGCUUCUGUCUCAGCCCGUGUUAGAGGGGCUGGAGGCCGCGGGAUUCAACAGACCGUCACCAAUUCAGAGCAAGGCAAUUCCGCUGGGAAGGUGCGGACUUGAUUUAAUUGUCCAAGCUAAGUCUGGGACUGGAAAAACAUGCGUCUUCUCUACGGUUGCAUUAGAUUCUUUGAUCCUGCAAAACACUGCAACCCAGAUCCUGGUGUUGGCUCCUACAAGGGAAAUUGCUGUUCAGAUUCACUCGGUUAUAACAUCGAUUGGGAGUCGCAUGGAAGGGUUAGAAUGCCAUGUUUUUAUAGGAGGGACACCACUGCCCCAGGAUAAGGCCAGGCUCAAGAAGUGUCAUAUAGCAGUUGGCUCUCCUGGCCGUAUUAAACAAUUAAUAGAAAUUGGCUUUCUUAACACUGCCAGCAUCCGCCUUUUCAUCCUCGAUGAGGCUGACAAGCUUCUGGAAGAGGGUAGCUUCCAGGAACAGAUUAACUGGAUAUAUUCUUCCCUUCCUGCCAACAAACAAAUGUUAGCUGUUUCAGCCACUUACCCAGAAUCCUUAGCAAAAGCACUUACUAGGUACAUGAGGGAGCCAACAUUUGUGAGGCUAAAUGUAUCAGACCCGAGCCUGCUGGGUUUAAAGCAGUAUUACAAAGUGGUGAAUUCAUACCCGCUGCCUCAUAAGAUUUUUGAAGAGAAGGUGACACAUUUGCAAGAACUGUUCAGCAAAAUUCCUUUCAACCAAGCCUUGGUGUUCUCAAACCUUCAUAGCAGGGCCCAGCACUUGGCUGAGGUUCUUACAACCAAAGGAUUUCCAGCCGUGUGCAUCUCUGGCAGCAUGAAUCAGAACCAGAGACUGGAAGCAAUGGCCAAACUGAAACUGUUUCACUGUCGCGUGUUAAUUUCCACAGAUCUUACAUCUCGUGGGAUCGAUGCAGAAAAAGUAAAUUUGGUUAUAAAUCUGGAUGUGCCACAUGAUUGGGAGACCUACAUGCACAGGAUCGGUAGAGCUGGACGUUUUGGUACCUAUGGGCUAUCUGUCACUUACUGCUGUCGUGGAGAAGAGGAGAAUUUAUUGAUGGGUAUUGCCCAGAAGUGCAAUCUCCAUCUUCUCCCUCUGCCUGAUCCUAUCCCAGAAGGGUUAAUGGGCAAGGCCUGUAACUGGGAUGUUGAGGUCAAAGCCAUGAAGGUCACAUCACAAGAUUUCAGUUCCGAAAUCAAAGACACUGGGACAAGAAAACCUCCUGUAAUCCGAGGCAAUUCUCUGCCUGAAAUUCCCUCACACAAAGAUCCCCCCAAAACAAACCACACGAAACUGAAAAAAGUGGUUAAGAAAAAGACUAUAGAAAAAGGAAGCCCACCAGAACAAGAACAAUUUAAAGGUGUUGAUUUUCCCACAGAGGAAAAAAUUGAUACAAAAAUGAAAAGGACAGGAGAAAAGCUUGAGGAAAAAAUCAAAGAAAAUAGGGACGAUCUAAAAUCUCUUCCCAAAAUUCCCAGUUUGGCAUCUUUUAAGCGACCUGUAGUUUGCACGUCAUCAUUUGCUGAAUUAGUUGAAGACUAUGAGCAAUUUAUUAAGGAAGGCCUAGAAAAACAUGUGGAAAUUAUCCGUGUGUAUACUGGCCCAGGUGAAUCGGCUGAAGACCAUGGAAAGGACAAGAAUGAUGAAGCAAAGCUUUCCGAUGCAUUCAAUAGCCCUGAAAACCAUGACUUAAGCGAGAUUUCCGAAAGCGACAGAAGUUCAUCCAGCUCGUCAUCAGAGAGUGAAGAGUGUUACAAGGAUUCUGACCAAACACAGGAGAAGAUUAGGUCUGUAGACCUUUUGAGCACUUGCCCAGUAGUCUCCGCUGAAAAAACAGCCAAGACUGUUUGUAAAUCCAACAGAAAAAUUUUACCACCUUCAGAGAUCCAGGAGGGAAGCUUGGUGAAAACCCACAGCUACACCGAGGAGGGUGAUGAUUUCAGCAAUGCUCAAAAGUCCAAGCGAAGAAAUAAGCGAGCAACCCACAUAUCUAGAAGGGAAAUUUGCCCUGAUAGAAGUGAUGAGUUAUACCAGCUGGACUACAGGAGCCCCGGUGCCUUUCCUUAUGGCCCUGUGAGCUAUGCCGACUACUGGCGAUCAUAUUAUCAAGCAUGGCAGACAUACAACUCUGCCGUUUCUAGUUCUUACUACCGCAACAUUUACAAGAGGUCUAACUGGAUGUCUGCAUACCACAUGCAUGCCGUGUACCUGCAUGAGAUGUUAAAGCCAUGACGUUGCUUUUUAAUGGGACCAAACACCAGAAGAUACACAAAAA